GUGAAAGUGAAUCUUAAACAGCAGUUUUCUAAAAGACCACGACCUGUUCCAGCAGCAGAGCAGGAGGUUCAUCUCCUCCUCCUCCUCCUCCUCCUCAGCAGUAAAGAUUCAAUCAUGGCGUCAUUUACAGGAGGCUACACUUCCUUUGGACAGCCGUCGACCUCAGCUGAGUCAGUCACAGCUCAGAGGUCAGAACUGGACAAAGUCCUGCAGAGAGUUGAGCCUCGUAAAGUUCAAACCGACCUCCGUGCUGCUGCUGAAACCUUGCUUAUGUAUUCCCACUCGGAUGACAAAAACAUAAAGGAAUUCUACAGCGUUUUGACAAAUCUCAUCACAGGAAAGACGUCCCGCUCUGUAGUUAAGGUCUGCACAGUCUGUUUGGGGGAAAUCUCUGGUGCUGCUGAAGCCCUGAUGGAGCAAGUGAACACCCGUCAGCUUCAGGUGAAGAGGACAGACUGGAAGGAGGAACUCGACGUGUAUGUUGUUUUCUGUCCAGUCACCCCUUAUGUUGAGAUAACUGUGGGGGUAGCCAUGGAAUGGGUGACAGGUGAUAAUCCAGUCAUUCUGGUGCUGAUGUAUCACUCCUGGGAAGUCGACUUAUUACCCUCUGGGAAAAACUGGUCUGAAACCUUUCCACAUGUUGUCUUGGAUAUCCAUGUUCUCAUCGAGACUGCGCAAGGAUUCCCGAUGUGUCCGAAGAACAAGGGGGCACUCCGUAAAAUUCAAGAGGUGCUACUGCAGCACAGUACUCCAGAGUAGUCAUGGUUUAUCAUGUUGGCUGUGAUAACAUUGGCUUCAGCAAAGGUCAACAAACUGCAACAAUAAAAUCAGUAAAUUGGCUAGUGCUAGUUUAAAAUGAUCACAUUGCUUAUUAGUAGAGUAUAUCAUGUACAUAAAUGUGUAUUAUGAAACAAACCUUGGGAUGAAAUUAAAGUGUUAUUGAAGAGAACAUGUAACUGUGAAAUCAAUGAAAUUAAAAUGUCUAUAAUGGAAUAAAACUAUCAUUUUAAAGUAAA